AUGGAUGAAGAAGUUCACGCCUUGCAAAACAAUCGCACUUGGAUUUUGGUUCCUCGACCUACAAACACCAAUAUUGUGGGCUCUAAAUGGGUGUUUCGGACCAAAUAUCUCCCUGAUGGUUCCAUCAACGUCUCAAAGCCCGUCUUGUUGCCAAGGGCUACACUCAGUCGCGCCGACACAUUACUUUUUGUCUUCCACAAGCAGAAUGACCUAAUCUAUUUGCUUCUCUAUGUUGAUGACAUCAUUCUCACAGGCAACAACUCCUCUCUUCUUGACAGCUUUACUCGCAAGCUCAAUUCUGAGUUCGCUACUAAGGAUCUAGGCUCUUUUAGCUACUUCCUUGGUCUUGAAGCUACAUCCACUACUGAUGGUCUUUUUAUCAAUCAGCUCAAAUAUGCACAAGAAAUUCUCACCCGAGCUCAGUUACUUGACAUCAAACCAGUUCAUACUGCCAUGGUUGUUUCUCAAAACCUGUCUGCUGAUGGUCCUCUGUUCUUGGACCCUACACUUUACAAAUCUCUUGUCGGUUCUCUACAAUACUUGACAAUUACACGUCCAGAUAUUGCUCAUACCGUAAAUUCAGUUAGUCAAUUUCUACACUCUCUGACUGAAGAUCACUUUCAAGCUGUCAAACGCAUUAUUCGCUAUGUUAAGGGCACACUACACUUUGGACUUACUUUUCAUCCAUCUGCCACUCCUGGUGCUUUAGUUGCCUACUCGGAUGCAAAUUGGGCAGGCUGCCCUGAUACUCUUCGCUCUACGUCGGGCUAUUCCAUUUAUCUUGGUGACAAUUUGGUCUCUUGGAGUGCCACGAAACAACCCACUGUCUCUCGCUCCAGUUGUGAAUCUGAAUACCGUGCCUUGGCUCUCACUGCCGUUGAAAUUCUCUAG